AUGGAGCAAGUGCAACCUGCGGACACCGAGGCAGGUGCCGAGCCGGCAGGGAAAAGCACGCAGAAUCCCCCCGCAGCGUCUGAGGCCGGCACCGACGAGGGCUCCCAGGCCCAGCCGCAACUCCAGCCGACAUCUGCAGUCGCUGCAAAGAGCGCCACCGUCUGCGGAGUCUGCCAGAAGACGGCUUCGAAAUAUAAAUGCCCUCGGUGCUACUUGCCAUAUUGCUCAGUUGCCUGCAACAAAACCCACAAGGAGAACCAUCCUCCAGACCCCGAGCCACAGCUGCUUGCAGAACCUCAAAGCCCAGCAUCGCCGGCCAAUCGUGCUCCUGCCACUCUGUCGGACCUCGCCAAUCCCUUCUGCGCGCUUGACACGUCAGAGCACCUGCAACACCUGUUUCGCAAGUACCCUGGCCUCACGCAGCAGUUGCUCGACAUCCACGCCGCCACUCAACCGCCGCAGGAAGCUCCCGAUGGGAGAAUACCGGCUUCCCUGAUGCAGAAUGUCGCCAAGAAAAGUAGCUGGAACCAUGACAUUGGCAUCAAGAAUGGGAAGGAGGCCCUGCGAAGGGCUCGUAUGGCAGAGGGGGAAGCAGGCGAAGCUAUUCGAGAGUACACCGAGUUGAUCCUGCAUCUUAUCAACACGCGGGAUGACGAAGACGAGGUUACAAGGAGGCUACAGCAGCAGGCGGCCCACGAGGACACCCAGUUGAUUGAACAAUUGCUUGCACAGGAAAGACGAUAA